AUGUUGAAGGGGAUCAUUACCGCUUAUCUCAGCUUGGUAUACAAUAUCGGAUGCGGGCCGGCGAUGGGUCUCACCCUCUGGCCCAUAUCAGUCUGGUUUACAUUCGUGCUCUGGACCAGAUCCCGAUGGCUUCUGAAGGAAAAUAUCGAAAUCGGUCUCGAAGUGGUGCGCUUGUCUGCAGCCAAAGGACAUGCUUCAUACUCUGUCAAGGUAGCCGAAAUCGCGGUCGAUUCAUUAAGAGGACUUAUUGCCAAGAAGGGCAGUAAUGAAGCUGAAGCGGACGAAACGGUCAAGGCUUUGUCGGAUGAUCUGGUUCGAGCAAUAAAUAGGCUUCACAAGAAAAACCAGACCAAUAUCUUGACAGAGGUCAUCGACACCCAUAUUGCAAAGUUCGACAGAGCGCUUCAUGAAGGCAGCAAGAAGGCGAAGAACCUCGCCAGUGCUGCAAUGGUCAUUCUGAGCUCGUGCGUGAAACAGCACGACGACUCGGAGUACGCCUUGAACUAUUUGGCGGAAAGGUUCGUCCGAUGUCUCCAGGCUUCAAAGAUGAGGCAGGACAGAUUGGUCACGGGCAUAGUCAACGAGGAAGUCAUGAAGCUCAACCAUCUGGCAGGUAAAGGUGCAGAAAAGCAAGCCAAAUUUCUUUUACUGGCGAUACUGGCUCUAUUACGCACAUCGCAUCGCCCAUACCUUGUCGAGCCUUUGAGAGCCAUAUCCAGUGCCACUGUGGAUGCGUUGAGUCGCAUGACGGACGACGGCCAUCAUAGUAUUCUCGACAACCUGCUCAAGGAUUCGGCUGACACAAUCUAUACCGCAUUACGCACAAAGGAAUUCGAGGCCAAACACAUAUCAGGGGCAAUUCAAUCCCUGAUGAUUGCGGCGUUUGGGCGGAAUGCCGAUGGCUUAAUCGAAAAGCUAUCGGUAUCAUGGGUUGAUGUCUGGAAUCGCGUGGCUGAAAUUGGGCAUGAUGUCGAGACCAAAAACAAAUUCCAGCUUCUUAUCGCGGAGAGAGAGGAUGCCAUCUAUCUGGGUGUUGAGAAUGAAUCUCACAAGUCGGCAUCCAGCUGGGAUGUGUCCUUCGAGCUGCUUCUAACAGCCAUGAAACGGGGAAAGGAAGAUGUUCGAGACGGUUUGUCACACUCCAUCAUAAGCGGCCUGGCACGAGCCAAGAAGGAAAGAGGCGACGGGUCUGUACGCUCCCUUAUUUGCGGUAACGCUCUUGCGUUUAGCCAGGCAUGUAGGCAAGGCGAUAUCAGGCGGGCAAAGGCAGUAUCGAAUACUUGCAUUCAGCUUAUUCGCACCGCCAUGAGUGAAAGGGAGGAUUGGCUUGUCAAAGAUCUGUCAGCUGUCUGGGUGGCGGAACUAGACAUGAUCAGCAUCAAUGGUACUGGAGUGUCACUCGACGGAAUGUUAUACGAUGUGCUCACCAAGCCAUUUACCGAUAUGAUUCGUGGUGGAGACAAAUCUAAAGCUCAAAAACAGUCAAACGUUGGUAUUGAGCUUUUACUGGCUGCCAUCCGCGGACGAAAGCCAUCGUCUAUCAGCAGCCUUUCAAAAUCCUGGGUCGUCUCGCUGAUCAAUGCCAAGAGAGAAGAGAAACUUUGUCCCAUCAGCGAGUUGAUUUCUGCUCGGACCUGUCGAUUCACUGAUACUAUCAUAUACUGUGAUGCACGCGAGUCAGAGGCUCAUGGCAUGGCUAUGAUCGAAUUGCGACUGGCUGCCCAGGAUGUGGAAGGAUCCAGGUUGGCGAAGGACCUGGAGACCUCAUUUGUGGAAGGUCUAGGCAAAGCCGUUGAGUUGCAAGCUGGGAUUAAGGCGAGUCAAAUGCUCCAUCAGAUCAGGCUCAAUUAUCUUGAAAAGGUGGUGAACAGUGGUACCACACAGGAUGUUCAGAAGUGGUUUGGCAUGAUUAGGAGUAUUGCGAGUCAUGCCCGAGGACAAAAUCCUGCGGUUUACAAGAUCCUUCGAGAGGAAAGGAAUUGGGGGGUAUACAUUUUGGGAUGA